AUGGAUAAUUUUUCCUCCCAGCCCAACUUCAAUGCUUCCUGUACUGAUGUGGAUUUUGGUUGCUAUGGGUCAGGACAACAUGGGCACAACAUGACAGCUCCACAGCUGAUUCCUAAGUUCUACAUUGCCGUACCCAUCAUCUACUCUGUGAUCUGUGCUGUCGGGCUUACUGGAAACUCUGCAGUCAUUUAUGUCAUCCUAAAAGCUCCCAAAAUGAAGACCGUCACCAACAUUUUCAUUCUGAACCUGGCCAUUGCUGAUGAGCUCUUCACGUUGGUACUUCCUAUCAACAUAGCAGACUACCUGCUGCUUCAGUGGCCCUUUGGCGAAUUCAUGUGCAAGCUCAUCAUCUCCAUCGACCAGUACAACACUUUCUCAAGCAUUUAUUUUCUAACCGUCAUGAGCAUCGACCGAUACCUGGUGGUGGUUGCCACCAUCAAAUCCAAGAAAAUGUGCUAUCGCACCUACAGGGCUGCCAAGACAGUGAGUCUCUGUGUCUGGGUUUUUGUCACCAUCAUCAUAUUGCCGUUCAGUAUCUUUGCCAAGAUACACACUGAAGAGGGACGAUCCCAAUGUGUCUUUGUCUUUCCCAGCCCAGAGGGCUUCUGGUGGAAAGUGAGCCGCCUCUACACCCUUAUCUUGGGUUUUGCCAUCCCGGUGUCCACCAUCUGCAUCCUGUACAGCACCAUGCUCUUCAAGCUGAGGCGUAUGCGGCUCCACAGCAAUGCUAAAGCUUUGGACAAAGCGAAAAAGAAAGUGACAAUCAUGGUGCUGAUCAUACUGGGCGUUUGCCUGUUCUGUUGGACCCCUUAUCACCUGAGCACUGUGGUCGCCCUCACCACAGACAUCCCACAAACCCCUCUGAUAAUUGGAAUCUCCUAUUUCAUCACCACCCUGAGCUAUGCUAACAGUUGCCUCAACCCGUUCCUUUACGCCUUUUUAGAUGAUACUUUCCGGAAGAGUUUCCGAAAGUUGGUUGAAUGUGGAACUCCCUCAUAA